UUGAUAUCCAUGUCUAUAAAUAAGUAGCUAUAAUUUUAAGAGUCUCAUAUAUUGUGGGAGAAACAAGAGAGCUUAUAUCAAAUUGUAGGAAUAAGUAGUACUAGGAAACAACCUCAAAAAUGUGGAUGAGUCUUGAGUUAGGAUUAUUAUUACUAUAUGUAAUGUUAAUGAUAGGAUUUAUAUUAUGGUGGUGGAAUGAGAUAUGGUACGUGAGUAUAGUUAAGGCAAGGUGCUCAAUAUUCAACAUCAAAUUGCCACCUGGUCAUUUAGGUUUUCCUUUUAUCGGAGAAAACUUCUCUUGUUAUUGGUUCUUCAAUAAAGCUCGUCGCCCUGAUGAUUUUAUCAACCUCAAGAAACACAAGUAUGGAGAAAAUGUGGGAGUUUACAGAACCUAUUUGUAUGGGUCUCCAAGCAUCAUAGCAUGCUCUCCUACCAUAUGCAAACUGGUUCUUAAUUCAAGCGAUAAAUUCAAACAAGAAUGGCCCACCACUGAAGUUUUGGGAAGUAAUUCUGUUAUAACACUUCAAGGCCCACGCCAUACUGUUAUCAAGAGUUUUAUUGUGAAUUCAAUAAACCGGCCCGAUUCUCUUACUCGAUUUUUGCUCCAAGUCCAGCCCGAUAUUGUUGAUGCCCUUCACCACUGGUCCCAAGAGCCCAAAAUCACAGCUUUUCGCCAGUUGCGGAAGGUAACACUUGACUACACUAUGAGGUACUUUUCUGGUUUUGAAGCAAACUCUGAACAAAUAGAUGCUUUUCAGAAUUUAUUAGAAGGCAUCAUUAAUGGAAUGAGAGCCCUACCAUGGAACUUUCCCGGAACAACCUAUCAUCACGCCCUCAAGUGUCGGAAGAAGAUAACCAUGAAAUUCAAGGAGGAGAUAGAGAAAAGGAGGCAAAAUAACAAUAAUGGAGAAGGGUCAGAAACUACAAGUGAUCUCAUACAUGGUUUGAUGCAAAUGAAGGAUAAAGAAGGGAGACAAUUAAGUGAGGAAGAAGUUUUGGAUAAUAUUGUGAGCACUAUCCACAAUGGUCAUAUUGCAGUUGCUUUUCUAGUAACAUGGUCUCUCUACUUUGUAGCCAAAUCUCCACAUGUUCUUCAAAAGCUUCAGGAAGAGAACAGGGAUAUGUCACGACAAAAGAAUGGUGGGCACAUAACAUAUGAAGAUAUCAUGCAGCUCAAGUAUACGAACAAGGUCAUAGAAGAAACUAUUAGAAUGGCAAAUCUUUCCGGCUUUGUUUUCAGGAAGGCUACUGAAGAUAUUGAAUUUCAAGGUUACUUAGUUCCAAAAGGUUGGAGAGUUAUUGUAUGGCUAAGGUACCUCCACACUGAUCCAUCAAAUUUCGAGGACCCCAUGACUUUUAAUCCAGAUAGAUGGGAUAUGCGGCCAAAGAAUGGAACAUAUCUUCCAUUUGGGGGAGGUCCAAGAUCUUGUCCGGGAUAUAUGCUUGCUCGAUUGAGUUUAGCUGUUUUCCUUCAUCACUUGUCCGUUGGAUAUAAGUGGGAACUGCUUAAUCCUAAUGCGAGGAUAAACUAUUUUUCACAUCCAUUGCCAACCGACGGCCUUGAAAUUUGUCUCAACAAAAAUUGAGCUCAUUUGAGUAUUUGCAAGACUUCAGUUAACGUCUUUAAAUAUAAUGUUAAGAAGAUUAUUCACAUAUUUCUCAACAUUUCUUUUUUAUCAGAGGUUGUUACUUGUUGUAACUAAAUCACAGCUAUUAUUCCUUAAGUAGCUUUUUUUUUUUUGUUUUACUAGGUGUUGGCCCAUGCGUUAUGACACACAAUCCUCCAAAUCUGCACAAUUUAAUCAUUGAAAUUGACCGUGUCUAAGGGCCUGUUCUCCCCAGCUUAUUUUCAGUUCAGUUCAGUUCAGUUCAGUUCAGUUCAGCUCUAAUAAGUUCAGUUCAGUUCAGUUCAGCUCCAAUAAGUUCAGUUCAGUUCAGUUCAGCUCCAAUAAGUUCAGUUCAGUUCAGAUCAGUUCAGUUCAGUUCAGUUCAGUUCAGCUCUAUUCUUUUAUAAUCAUUUUGUUAAAUAUUAUUAUUAUUAUGUUGGUAUAAUUUAUUUUACUAAUUACUAUUAUUAUUAUUAUUAUUAUUAUUAUUAUUUAAAUAUAUAUCAUUACUAUUAAGUAUUAUUAUUAUUAUUAUUAUUAUUAUUAUUAUUGUUGUUGUUGUUGUUGUUUCUAUAUAUAUUUUUUAUUAUAGCUUUACUAAUUAUUAUUACUAUUAUUAUUAGGAGGAACAUGGUUUAGGUCAAAGCACAAAUAAACCCACUUUUUUUAGCCCAUAAACCAAUCAAAUCGCGUCAAGACGGUUUUUGAUGUAAUUUUCGCGGUCCAACCCAAUCAUUAUUUUUAUUACUAAAUAUUUUUAAAUUAUUAAAUCUAAUUAUUAAAAUAGUAAUAUUAAUUUACUUCUUAGAUAUUAUUGUUAUUAUAUAUCAUCGUCAAGUAUUAAUAUAUUAAUACAAAUAAUAUAAAAUAAUUAUUAUUAAUUAUCAUUACUAUCAUUAAUUGUUAUUAUUAUUAAUUUAUGAUUAUUAAUAUUAUUAUUUAUAACUAUCAUUUAAAGAUAUUCAAAAUACUACUAUUAUUAUUAUUCAUUAUUAUUACUUAUCAUUAUAAUUAUUAUUUAAUAUUCAUAUUAUUAUUGUUUAAAAUAUUAUUUAUAUAUUUAUUACAUUCAAUUUAUUUCAAUGUAAUAUAAUUCAAUUCAAUUUAAUUCAAUUCAAUUCAGUUCAGUUCAGUUCAGUUCAGUUCAGUUCAGUUCAGUUCAGUUCAGUUCAGUUCAGCUCUGAUAAGUUCAGUUCAGUUCAGUUCAGCUCCGAUAAGUUCAGUUCAGUUCAGUUCAGCUUUGAUAAGUUCAGUUCAGUUCAGUUCAGUUCAGUUCAGCUGUUUUAUGCCGAAGAGAAC